UCCCGAGAACCAUCAACGGCGAGAGGAUAACACCACCACCCAGGAAACCGAUAAGAGGCACCCACACGAGCACAGGGAAAGCCGGAGGAGCAAGCGCGACGCGAGGGAAGGCAGCCAUGGCGCUCUCCCUCUCCACCUCCUUCCUGCCGACCCCGGCCACGAGGACCACCCUCCACUCCCUCGUCCCAUCCCAGAGGAUGCGGUGCUCGAUGCGGAAGAAGGGGCUGCACCCGGAGAUCUACGAGGACGCGAAGGUGUACUGCAACGGGGAGCUGGUGCUGGUGACGGGGGGCACCAAGCCGGAGUACACGGUGGACGUGUGGUCCGGGAACCACCCCUACUACGUCGGCGACACCUCGGCGAUGGUCGUCAUGGACAGCCAGAUCGAGAAGUUCCGCAAGAAGUGGGGGCACAUCAAGGAGUACUGGCCCGAGGACCAGUGGAGGGAGAUGCACCCCGACGGCGACCCGGAGUUCGACCCGGAGGAGGAAUCCGCCGGCGCCAACUGAAGCCCUCCCUGCCUAGCCUCUCGCCUCCGCCCGCCCGGUGGGUGCUCCGCCUUACCGAUGCUGUUCCUCUUUCGGUUGAUUUGGGAAAUUACGUAAAAAAUGGAUUAGCUACUCUGCUUGAACCUUCCGCUACACAUGCAUUUGCUUUGCUCUCUAGGUGUUCGAUCAAUGUUCUCUAUGGAUACAUAUGACAAUUUCUGGCAUCGAACUGUUUGCAAACACUCUUGACAUCGAUAUAAAAUGGAGAUAUUUCGUACUCUGUA